AUGGAGAUGCACCGAGAAACUGCCUCGGGCGCAACCUGGUUUUGCUUCAUGCCCAUCUGUUGCAGGCUGCUCGCUGUUCUUAUGAUGGUGGUCGGCUUCCUCUUUGUGCUGGCUGGCUUGUUCGAAUUUGCGCUGAUCAUGCUCAUAGAUCCCGACUUCAACCGAAGUUCUAACUCGAUCCUGAUGAUGGGGAUCGGGGCGCUGCUCGUGCUGUUACCAGCGUUCCUGGCUUGGAGAGAGCGGCGGGUUGAAGGACUCGACGGAGUCGUAUCUGUGCCUCCGAUUAGCGCUGGCUCCUUCACCUGGGCAUGCUGCUCCUUUGAGAGACUACGGCACCUUGGGGGCAGUGGGCUACAGUUCUGCCAUGUUCAUGCACAAGAAGGUCGCAAUGCCACAGAUUGGAAACGGACCAACCCCGUGUCCGUGCCUGGUAUGCAGGUGAUAUGCGAAGCUGCGUGCAUUUGCUGCCUGGAGGAGUUCCAGCCUAACAGCCAGGUAGCAAUCUUACCUUGCGGCCACAUGUACCACGAGGAGUGCAUCGCACGCUGGUCCAUCGCCCGAGCCUUUCGUGCUUCGUGUCCAUCCUGCCGUGUGCGCUACGAUGACUCAGCAGGCUGCAGUAAGUGGCCAACUCAAGCAUCUGAGUGA